GAAUGUAUUCACAUUUACACACGAUGAGCCAUUGCGCACGUUAACGGAUUAAUACCUACUUGGCUGUUAAAAUUCAUCAGCUGGGGCAGGAUUUCCCCGCCGACAGAGCCAGUGACGGGAUGUACUCUCCCGUGUCACGUGAUACAGGUGUGUCCUGCCCUACCUGCCCAUUUCAGUGUAACCGGAAAUGUUGGACGCGCAGGUUGUCAUGUCAGAGGACUGGGACGCUUGGAGGCGCAAAUGAUGAAUUAUUAACUUCACAGAGCAUGGCAGACCGCUCCAAAACGUCGUCACGUGGGGGAUUUUCACUUCUCUGAAUUUAUUAAGAGGAAUUUAAUUAUUUAGUAGCCUGUAUUCACACAUCAAACAUUUUUUAUUACUGUAGUAGAAUUCAAAUGUACUCCACAGGGUUUGGCUUUUUGAGUGGUUCUACGUUAAUUUUGACAGAACAAAGUUAUUUUAGUAAAACAAAAAACAAUGGCUCUGUCGCAGGUCGAGUGUUUGGAUGACAACCAUGAGAACUUGCCUUUGGAGGAUUCCAAGCCUGAGUUCCUCUACAGCGAAGACCAACGGCUGGCUUUAGAAGCCCUCAUUCAUGGAGGGAGAAAAGCCUUCCAAGAGUAUAUCCAGGAUCACAGCGUGCGCCAGUUCUUGUCAGAGCCUGAGCAGAAUCAGCUGACAGGAGCUGCUGUGGCACACCAGCCGGAAUCAGAGGAAGAGGGAGCGAAAAACGGCGAAGAUGUCGCGGGAUCCCUGCAAUAUUGGCCGGACCGCUCCGACUGCUCCAUCCCCGAAUUUGACAUAGGUUGGCCAGAUCGCGUUUCUUACCGAGGAGUGACCAGAGUCAGCGUGUACACUCAACCACCAAUGGACGGAAAAACGCAUAUAAAAGAAAUUGUCAGAAAGACCAUCACACUGGCACAGAAGGUCAUUGCCGUGGUGAUGGAUCUGUUUACAGAUGUGGACAUUUUCCAAGACCUUCUGGACGCCAGCUUCAGGCGAAGGGUGGCCGUGUAUAUCAUACUGGAGGCCACCGGAAUACCGUACUUUCUGAGCAUGUGCAAGAAGGCAGCCAUGCACCAGGGACACCUAAAGAACUUGCGGGUGCGCACUGCUGGAGGGACGGUGUUACACACACACUCACACAGGAAGGUGUGCGGGCAGUUGAGCCAGAAGUUCAUGUUUGUGGAUGGAGACAGAGCCGUGACUGGUUCUUACAGUUACACCUGGAUGGCUUCCAGACUGGACAGGAACUUGGUCACAGUGCUGACGGGCGAGGCUGUGGAGACCUUUGACAGGCAGUUCCGUGAACUCUACCUCCUGUCUGAAGGAGUGAGUCUUAGUGAGAUUGGCUUGGAGGCGGAGCCUGAGCUUCAGCUGGCCUCUCAGCUGGCAGUCCCGUCCACGCCCUCCCCUACCACGGCUCGAAAGGACAUGAACCCCAAGUAUGCCCUGCUAAGCACCAGUACCAAGGGCAGCACCAACUCCAGCGGUGUCCAGAAUGUCUCGGAGAGGAGUGGCACCAGGACCACUGGCUUUCCCAGGCCUGCGGUGAAAAUCCUGCGUCAACUCAGGGAGGUAGCAGAGCCUCCAAUCCACCCGGCACUGCAAGACCUGGAACGAGCCAAUAUGAUGUACUACCUGACCACCUGGCCAGAGCCUGACCCUUCCAUCGAUGUCAUCGAGGACUGCAGCGAGCCACCACAGGCCCAUCUGACGCAAGCCGAGCUGGACGAAACCUCGCAGCCUAUCUGCUUCAAGGACGCCCUCGUCCACUCCACAGACUCUCAGGAGGUACCAAAAGAGGCAAAGGAAGUUUCCAGGAUCUCCAUGAUGUCGGAGGAACAUUGCAAGAACCUCAAAACCGCCAAUGGCCCAAACGCUACAGAUGCUCAGGGGGUACAGAAUGAGGCAAAAGAAGUUUCCAGCAUCUCUGUGACCUCAGAGGAACAUAACAAGAACCUCAGAACCACCAAUGGCCCAAGUGCCACAGAUGCUCAAGAGGUACAGAAACUGGCUAAAGAAAUUUCGAGCAUCUCAGCAACAUCGGAGGAACAUAAUGAGAACCUCAGAACUGCCAACGGGCUGAGUACCACAGAUGCUCAGGGGGUACAGAAAGAGGCUAAAGAAGUUCCCAGCAUCUCUGUGACCUCAGAGGUACAUAACAAGAACCUCAGAACCACCACAGAUUAUGAGAACCUCAAAACAGCCAAAGGCCUAAACGCCACAGAUGCUCAGGGGGUACAGAAUGAGGCAAAAGAAGUUUCCAGCAUCUCCACGACGUCAGAGGAACAUAAUGAGAACCUCAGAACUGCCAACAAUGCAAGAUCCACAGACGCUCAGGUGGUACAAAACGAGGCAAAAGAAAUUUCCAGCAUCUCAGCAAUGUCAGAGGAACAUAAUGAGAACCUCAGAACUGCCAACAGUCCAAGUUCCACAGACACUCAGGAGGCACAGAACAAGGCAAAAGAAAUUUCCAGCAUCUCAGCAACGUCAGAGGAACAUAAUGAGAACCUCAGAACUGCCAACAGUGCAAGAUCCACAGACACUCAGGAGGUACAGAACGAGGCAAAAGAACUUUCCAGCACCUCCACAACAUCGGAGGAGCAUCAUAAGAAUCUCAGAACUGCCAAUUUCCCGAGCACCACAGAUGCUCAGGAGGUUCCGAAAGAGGCAAAGGAAGCUUCUGGCAUCUCCGUGAUCUCAGAGGAACAUAAUGAGAACCUCAGAACUGCCAACAGUGCAAGAUCCACAGACACUCAGGAGGUACAGAACGCGGCAAAAGACAUUUCCAGCAUUUCCGUGACGUUGGAGGAACAUAAUGAGAACCUGAGAACCGCCAAUGGCCCAAGCACCAUAGAUGCUCAGGAGAUACAGAAAGAGGCGAAAGAAGUUUCCAGCAUCUCCAUUACCACAACUGCCAAUGGCCCGGGUGCCACAAACACUCAAGGGGUACAGAAAGAGGCAAAAGAAGUUUCCAGCAUUUCCGCGAAGUCGAAGGAACAUUACGAGAACACAGAACCUGCCAAGUAUGGCUCAGCCUGCAAUGGGUCAGUACAAUUAGAACGAAGUCAGGUUGAUGAACUAAACGCAGCCAGGGCUUCCCAGCCAAUGGUGGAGCAGCAAAUGCAGGAGCAACCACACCCACAGCAUGCAAGCAGGGUCCUCUCAAAGUGCUCAGAAGAGAAGCAGGAAACAAGGCAGACACACAGACAGGUACAGACAGACAGAUGGAAGCCGAUUCAGACUUCAUCCAGACCUCCAGCCAGCAAGGUCCAUUACCAGCAGGAGGUCCCAGUUUGGGGAUCCACCAACACAGCAGGCACCAGGUUGGAUGGCCACAUCCAAUCACCCAAUUUGGCAGGGGGCAUCACAGGGGGUCACCCGUUCUGGAAUGCCAACCAACUGGCUCUUAGCAGGCCGGGGUGGGGCAGCAAUCCCCCUUCGCGUGAUCAGCCGUCCAGCGUCCGUGGCUUCGCCUCCAACUGGCCUGCCCAAACUCAGCUGGGGAGCCAGGCUUACCACGCCCCCAACAGGCAGCUCCAGGGAUGGCCCCAGGGGCAACUGGGCUGGGCCAGACCCACUCACCAGGGCCCCGCCCCUGCACACUGGCCGCCGGGCCCUCAGGGGGACGCCCGUGGCCACCCCAGCCCGCUGUUCAACAGACACACCCUGCAUAGAGCCGUUAACGGGAAUGAGCCGGAGGCCCAGCUGUGGAUGAGAUGAGUGCUUUUCAGUGCAUUCAUCUCAUCCACAGAUUUCCUCUGGUCAUGUAACUAAUAAUAGCUCAUCAUUCAACAAAAGCCAGAAGCAUCUGUAAGACCCUGAUUAGGGGUUAAUGUGUUUGCUGCAGUUAGACCUUGAUUAGGGCCUAACAUGUUUGUUACAGUUAGACCCUGAUUAGAACAAAAAUAUGGUUGCUGCAGUUAGACCUUGGUUAGGGCCUAACAUUUUGUUUGUUACAGUUAGAUCCCCACCGUGGAGCCCCAGUGUGCUUUUCCAGGGUAGGAUGGGACUGAACAUGCCACAGAGUGAGCGCUUGCAAAAUCACAGAAGUCUCAGUUUUCAUUAAAAACGAACUCUGAUGUUUUUGCAUGUUUUCUACCUGCUGUGGCAUAAACGUUGAAGGCAAUGCAAAGGAAAACGCACAGGAAUAUGCACGCAAUAUCGGCGACAGGUGUGUCAGAAAGCAUUGAAAGAAGUGAAAACACAAAUAUGACAGUAUGGAAAAACUUAAUAUCUCAAAUGAACGGAGUUAACGAACUGUGAGAUAGCAGCCUGGAUUCAACCAAUGUUUGUCAUUUACUUUGACAUAAUCAUAUAAGUUAAUUAUGCAUUUGAAGAGCAGCAGGCUGUCACUAUAAAGCACUAAAUACCAGACUGCUGGAAAACGGUCGGUUGCCAGGUGAGAAUUCUACUAGAGAAAUAACAUGCUGCUUUUUGUGUGCAAAAAAA